CGGCUCGUCUGCCGACGUAAGUCUUACUCUCGAGGCAGCGAGUCUGAUUCUACAAUCUUGUAUCGGCCUCGGCAGGCGGGGCUUUCUGCCCAGUCAGAUCAGAUCACCAGCCAGCCUCGGCCUCAUGUCUCUAGCCGAUGUUCACCACGGCUCGCGAAAGCAUGCUUAGUCUUCCUGUCUGCUCUGGCCUGCCUCUACGGUACUCCAGACAGUAGGUAUUGCGCCUCUGUCACCAUCGUCUUGAGUAACGUCGGCGUUGCUGUUCCCAACUUAGGCGCUUCCGGUGCUGUGGUUAGCAGAAUAGACCUUCGCCUCCCAUCGAGUAUAGGCCAAGGAGGCGAGUCGGCGUUCAGUAGAAGCGGAUCAGAAUAUGUACAGGUUCACCUCAAUCUAGGCGCAGCCGAAAUUCAGGGCGUGUACAUUCUGUGA